UGGAGGAUCUCCAGAGCCAAACCGGUGGGAGAGGCAUCCGUAGCCCUGUUGAACAGCAAAACAUUUGGUGCUGUGCUGUCUGGGGUGGCUGUUUUCCUAUGCCUCAUGGAACACCUCGUGGCAGAUGGGUUUCACUGGAGGGAUGCUUCAAUAUGAAAUCCAGCCCAGGCAGACUUACUUGGCAGGGCUGCUGAAAGUAUGGUAAUAACAUCGCUGUGGUAAAAUGGGUGGUAAAACUCGGCGCCGAUGCGAAGCGAAGCGAGCGGCAACCGAGCGUAUUGCCCUUCACAGCUCGCCUGUGCCCUCGCAGGACUCGCGCCGGAAGGGAACCGUUUUGCGGUCUUGGGCACCCGGUGUGAUUAGUAGGUUGGUGGUAAGGAGUUAACGGCCUGCGAGGAGGACUUUGGGCUUUUCUCCUCAGCUUGGCCGCAGCUUUUUUUUUUUCUGCCUCCUGGAGGCGCCGGCGCCGCGAGCGGCCGGUAAGCGAGCGCCAGCCGGGCGCAACUCGCUCCGAGGGCGGUGGGAGAAGCGCGGCCCGAGGCGCUAUGCCCUCCGUAGUGGAAUACGAAGGCGCCCGAGAGGGCUACCGGUGCGGCUACUGUGGGGUCUCUCGGGGGAAAGUCUCCACCGGAAUGUGGGCACAUUCACUGACUGUUGAGGAUUACCAAGACCUUAUAGACAGGGGAUGGCGAAGGAGUGGGAAAUACGUUUAUAAGCCAACUAUGAAUCAGACAUGUUGUCCUCAAUAUACAAUAAGAUGCCGGGCUUUACAUUUUCAGCCUUCCAAAUCUCAUAAGAAGGUUCUAAAGAAGAUGCUGAAAUUUUUAACACAAGGAGAACUGUCCAAAGUAGACAGUGAAGUGGAUCCCAUGGAUUCAAACACCAAAGAUGCUUAUGGCUGCAGUUUUUUAUUAAAAGAUAAACCAGAGACCAGCCAAUCUGAACUAGAGCUGCUGAGUAUUGAUCAUACAGAGAAGGUGGAGAAUGAAGAGGAAGAAAAAGGGGAAGGAAAUGUGAAGAAAGUAGAUGCUGAACAUACUGAAUCAUGUAGUGAGAGAGCUCAUGACAACUCAAGCAAGCCACUGCAGUCAGUCAAAGUUGGCCGUACAACACCCAGGCCAGGCAAAGGAGCUGACUUGAGUAAACCUCCCUGCCGUAAAGCCAAGGAAAUACGGAAGGAGCACAAAUUGCAAAGAAGUCUUCAGAACUCAACACAAAACCCUGGGCUUCGACCUGAAGAUCAGAAUUUGCUUGGGCAGAGUGCUAAAGCUAAAACAAAUCAGCCCAAAUCAAUUGAAGACUUUGUUUUUGCCACCUUACCUCCUGAUGCUGUGCACCAGUUAGAGGUGAGGCUGGUGCGAUCAUCUCCACCAAGUUCCCAGUUCAAAGCCACAUUUCAGGAGUCUUACCAGGUCUAUAAACGUUACCAGAUGGUUAUUCACAAGGACCCACCUGAUAAACCAACCGCCAGUCAGGUGAGGUUAGUACCAGUUUCUUUUGAGGAUCCACGAUUCAAAUCAUCUUUCACCCAAUCUGCCUCUUUAUUUGCCAAGUAUCAGAUGGCCAUACACAAGGAUUCUCCUUUUGAAUGUAACGAGUACCAGUUUACACGGUUCCUCUGUGACUCUCCACUUGAGGCAGAAAAUCCACCUAAUGGCCCAGAUUGUGGCUAUGGUUCUUUCCACCAGCAGUAUUGGCUUGAUGGAAAGAUAAUUGCUGUAGGUGUAAUCGACAUCCUUCCAAAGUGUGUAUCUUCUGUGUAUCUCUACUAUGAUCCUGACUGUUCUUCUCUGUCUUUAGGAGUCUACUCUGCACUGAGGGAAAUUGCUUUUACUAGGCAACUUCAUGAAAAGGCCCCUGACCUAAGCUAUUACUACAUGGGAUUUUAUAUUUAUUCAUGCCCUAAAAUGAGAUAUAAGGGACAGUAUAGACCUUCUGAAUUGCUGUGCCCAGAAACCUAUGUCUGGGUACCAGUUGAGCAGUGCCUGCCUUCUCUUGAACGUUCAAAAUAUUGUCGCUUCAAUCAAGACGUAAAAGCAGAGGAUGAAGGGAACGUGAAGGAACUGGAUCGAGUUCGGAUUCUCCAUAAAAGAACAGCUAUGCAUUACGGUGUGUAUAAAAGAAGACGGAAGGGGCCAAAUGAUGAAGAAAGUGUUCGGCAAUAUGCAACUCUGGUGGGACAAGCAUGUUCAGAGAGGAUGUUACUUUUUAGAAGCUGAAGUGUUCAUUCUGAGGGUGUUCUUUGGAACUCUUAUUGCACUAUUGCUGAAGUAUAUGCCCGUGCAAGUUUUGUGUCUAUAUGCCUAUUAACAAUAGAGACACAUUAUGUAUUUCUUCACGUUCUUAGAAAUUCACUAAAUUGACACAUCUGAAAUUGAUAUACUACAAUUUGAUAUUUCACCCAAGGGUCUGAUUUCUUGUUCUUUUUUUCUUUAUUUAAUUCCUUUCUUGCAUGAUAUGAAGUUUGUUAAGUAAUUGGAUCACCCCCUGUAUGGUUUUGCACACAUCUAUUGCAGAGAAUAUUUACAGUCACUUGGGUGCUGUAAUGUGUACCAGCUGUAGUGAAAAUUAUGGAAUUAAUUUUUGUAUUUUAUUUGAUUAUUAUAGAAAAAUAAAAUGAUCAGUUGCAUAUUAAGAUUAUUUCAAAGCAUAGUUAAACAAGGGUACUUUAAAUUCAGCUUGUCCUCCUUGUGCCAGGCUACAGUAGCAAAGACCAAAUUAUAAUUUUCUGGUUUGGGCACCCACAAAGUCAUUUAAUGUACAUCUAUUUGUGUUUUAUCUGUAUAGCCAGCACUGUUGAUGAGAUUCACGGCUUUCCUGUGUUCAUUAAAAUUGAACAAAUACAAAGUUGUAACCUUUAACAUGAUUCUUUGAUAUUUUUAUUCUAAUUAAAUCUAUAUUCAUUGACAGCC